AUGAGUGACGGUGGGACCACCACGGUUUCACCAAAGGAGCCUCAGGCGUUCAAACGGGCUGUACGGAAAAUAAAAUGCGCCGCUAUGGUGGCCAACUUGGCCAAGAGCUGGCAGGGCUGGGCCUCCGAACACUCCGACAAGCAGGACUCUAUCCCGAGCGGCUGGAUGCCCGCGUCUGUUGAGGAGGUCGACGUGAAAGGGCGCAACCACGAGGUGAAACUUACCGUUACCCCGCGAGUAAUUGCCGCAGACGCCACCGACGCCGGCGGGAGUAAGAUCCGGACCGGUUCUGUGAACAAGACCGUGCAGCCAAAACGCAGCGAGUGCAGCAGCAGCGAUGUGGUCAACGCCAUCCGAGGCAAGAUGGAGUCGGGCCCCGAGGAGAGCAAGCCGUUCUUUGGCAACGAGUCGCCGACACGGAGACGCCAGAUGAGGGCGCUACAGAGCGCUGAAGCACCAGGAGGGGGAGGAGCCAUCCAAGACAGGAAGCUUCUGCUCCAGGAGAAGAAGGGGGGGUCAAGGAGCAGCAGUGUUGACACAGAGGACAGCGGGCUGGGAGAGGAGGCGGGGCUCAGCGACAACAGCGAAUCAAAAGCUGAGCAGGGUGGCAUCAAGACAUCCAAACAGAUCGACAGACCCAAGAUUAAGAUUGCCACCAGGAAUGACGUCAAAAGACGCUGGCAGCAGUGGUCCGAGCAGCACAUGGAGGGCCAGAAGCUCAACCCCUUCAGCGAGGAGUUUGACCACGACUACGCCAUGGCCCAGCGGCUCCGCAAGGGCGACGACGGCUACGGCCGACCCAAGGACGGCUCCAGGACGGCAGAGAGGGGCGACCGGGCCCAGAAACACGUCCACAGGGAGAUGGAGGAGAUGGUGUGGAUCAUCAGAGACAUGGGCAUUAAGGACAAAGAGGGGAGGACCAUCAUCUCCUUCGGCCGCCUCUUUGACCGCUACGUGAAGAUCUCGGAUAAGGUGGUGGGCAUCGUGCUGCGCUGCCGCAAACACAAGAUGCUGGACUUUGAAGGGGAGAUGCUGUGGAAAGGACAGGACGAUGAUGUCAUCAUUACAUUGAGGGACUGA